GUUUGGAUACUUAACAGACAUUUCACUCAUUUGUGUUGCAUUUCAAUUGAAUCCCAAUUAUCUUUCAUUUGGUCCAUCAUCUGGUGGACACAUUCGGCCACAAGUGAUGGAUGACGAGAGUCUGCGACAUAAUGUGAUAAUGAUAUUGUUGGACGUGUUGAUGACUAGUGAACAAAGACCUGUCACCGUGAAGGAGUUGGUCAGCAAAUUAGGUCUGUAUAGCGACUACAGUAUCCUCAGCCGUGGUCUCAGACGCAUCACCGGUCGCGGUGUCGACGGACUUCCGGGAAUUCUAGUCUUCUUAUGGCAAUACCCGUCCAUAUUUACCGUAAGAGACGGAAAUGUGUCCAUCACUUCGGCACUUGAUCUCUACGAUAGUGACAAACAGGUGUCCCAACAGAUGUCAGUUGCCAUUGAUUUCUAUGAAUUUCAAUUGCGAAGACUCGGCGCCUAUUCGGUGCCAAUGAGUCGCGUCUUUGAUAUGAGAUCCCAGGCCUCCAGAUGUGUGAAACAAAUCAGUGGACAGUCUAUCAGCCAAUUGACUGAUUUCCUGAAAUGCCAUUCGGAUGUGUUCACGAUCACUGCCGACGACUGUGUGGUGCUAUGCGAGCACCUGAAGAGGGCGACCAUCAAUGGGCACACAAUCACACGAAUCGAUGCGCCGAUUGAGUUGGACGACAAGGUCUACGAAAACACGCGAAUCAUUGUCAACACAUAUCACGGCAAACAAAUUGUGGACCAAAUCUUUCAGACCACUAAUGUGGUGACCGUCGACUUGGAGGGCGUCAACUUGGGCUCAGUUCGCGGCUCCAUAACUCUGGUUCAGUUGGCUUUCCUGCCCCGACAUCUCAUGAGCCACCAAAAGAGCAAUGGCCUCAACACUGGCGGUCGCGUAUAUCCCAAGAUAUUUAUAUUCGACGUCUGGUCUAAUCCUAAUUUAGUUGACUUGUGUCUCAAACAACUCUUGGAGUCAAAUGAUAUUAAGAAAGUAUUUCACGGCUGCGAAGACGACAUUGACUUGUGUCUCAAACAACUCUUGGAGUCAAAUGAUAUUAAGAAAGUAUUUCACGGCUGCGAAGACGACAGUUAUGCUCUGCAUCGGGACUUCGGAGUGGUUUUGAGUAAUUUCAUUGACACUCAAGCGGCCCAUACUGUCAUCAAUUGUAUAAACAACUCCGGCAGUGGUCAACAGUCGGAAGCCAUUGGUUUGAACGGACUCUUCGAGCUGUACGGCGGCUAUGGAUGCAAUCCAUUGAAGGCUGUUGUGAAGAAGAGAUACGUCGGGAACAGUCAUUACUGGUGUAACCGUCCGCUCUCCGAAGAGAUGAUAUAUUACGCCGCAUAUGAUGUCUAUGUCUUAUUAGGGAUUUAUAUCAAAAUGUAUUCAUAUAUUUCACAAAUCAGUGGACAAAACGCUAAAUAUUUCGAAGAACUCAAUAGAAAAGCGGCUUUCAGUAGGAUUUGGGCCGAACAGGACAGGCAUUACGACAGACCUAAUCACUACCACUACAGAGAUUCCACUCAAGUAGUCCGUCCCCGACGCGGACAACACUUCCCACACAAAAGACAAUACAAUAACAAUAGGAGUAAAACCUAUCGAUAG